AGGACCGGGCGCGCCAUGGGCCGCGGAGCCCCGAGCUCCGCCCCGCCGGUGCUCCUGCUGCUCCUGCUGCUGCUCUGGGCCGAGCGGCCGCGGGGAGCCGAGCUCACCUUCGAGCUGCCGGACAGCGCCAAGCAGUGCUUCCACGAGGAGGUGGAUCAGGGCGUGAAGUUCUCCCUGGACUACCAGGUCAUCACCGGAGGCCACUAUGAUGUUGACUGCUAUGUGGAAGACCCCUUGGGGAACACCAUCUACAGGGAAACUAAGAAGCAGUAUGACAGCUUCACACACCGGGCGGAGGUCAAGGGCGUGUAUCAGUUCUGCUUCAGCAAUGAGUUCUCCACCUUCUCUCACAAGACCGUCUAUUUUGAUUUCCAAGUAGGCGAUGAGCCCCCCAUUCUCCCAGACAUGGGGAACAGGGUCACAGCUCUCACCCAGAUGGAAUCUGCCUGCGUGACCAUCCACGAGGCUCUGAAGACCGUGAUCGAUUCCCAGACGCAUUACCGGCUCCGGGAGGCCCAGGACCGGGCUCGGGCUGAAGACCUGAAUAGCCAAGUCUCCUACUGGUCUGUCAGCGAGACGAUCGCCCUGUUCGUGGUCAGUUUUGGCCAGGUGUUGCUGCUGAAAAGCUUCUUCACAGAAAAACGACCCACGAGCAGGGGGGUCCACUCCUAGCCCAGGCAUCCUGCUCGAGGGCCCCUUGUACCCCAAGGUGGAGCAGCUCUCCUUGGUCACGUGGUCCUGCUGGGCAAGUGUGUCUGAUUGAGGGUGGAGGGGAGCAUGGGGGAUGUGCUGUGUGGCGGCACCUCAGCUUCCACUCAGAUGCUUAAUCCUUACGCCCCAGCAGCUGAAGUUUGUAGAGCCCCUUAAUCGGAAGGUAUCAGAUUGCAUUGUGUUCUGUAACGCUGACUGAGGAAGAGUUUAUAGUCAAGCUAGGGAUUGGCUACUGUAGGAGGCAGGCAGGGAGCAAUCCAGUGGCCUGGCCGAUAGAAGGAGCCCCAGCGUGGCCAGGCCUCUGGGUCAGCUCAGGGCUCUGCUCUACUCCACGAUGCAGUGGGCUGGCUUGUGUGUCCCACCCUGUGUGAACAGGAAGGGGAUGCUCAGUGCUGGCGUUUCCUCCCAUGAAGCACUCUAUACCUGAAAAAACCAAGUCCUGAAGCAGCUUUGCAAAUCCUCCCAACCAGGUGAGCAAUGGUGUCAGCCACGCAAGCAGGAAAAACAUGGUGAUUGGGUGCCCUCGGUUCGCUUUGGCUCUCAUAGGAGGUGGGCCUCUGGUUAAUAAAAACUAAGUGUGGACACCUUGAA